AUGGCCGAUUUGCUUGCUUUGAGAGCUGCAUGUCCUACAAUAAAAGCUUGGUGGCGGGUUGACCUGGAUGACGGAUACACGGUUCGUGGUGUUUAUCAGCUUCUGACAACUCAGGAUACAGUUACUUUGGAUGCUGCGUCGGGACUUAUCUGGCACCGCCAGGUUCCUUUGAAGGUUUCCAUUUGUGCCUGGCGACUCUUGCGGGACAGGUUACCUACCAAAGCAAACCUGGCUAAUCGAGGGAUUUUAUCUACGGAGGCUCACCUUUGUGUUUCUGGUUGCGGAGAGGUUGAAUCGGCUCAGCAUCUGUUCCUCUUUUGCAGCUCUUUUGGCUCCCUGUGGUCCCUUGUUAGCUCCUGGAUUGGGUCUUCUUUGGUGACUGCUCAGACUCUUCCAGAUCAUUUUGUUCAGUUCACGGAUUCAGCAGGUGGUUCUAGAGCUCGACGUUCUUUCAUGCAGCUCGUAUGGUUGGCUAGUGUUUGGGUUGUGUGGACCGAAAGAAAUCAUCGUUUGUUUACAGGCUCAGCAAACUCGGUGCAUCAUAUGUUGGACAAGAUCAAGACGUUCUCUUACCGGUGGUUGAAAGCGACGAGUAGCACUUUAGCUUUGAACUGCCAUAGUUGGUGGUCUAGUCCUUUGCUUUGUUUGGGCCUUGUAUAGUUUCUUUUGGUUCAUGUAUUUUUGACUGUAUUUGUAACCUUGGUUAGUCUUAUUGGUACG